AGUUGAGCAUAUUUCAUCAUUAGUUCGUUUACUCAUAAGCCGUAUGGACGUAUCAGUUGCGUUAAUACACUUGUAUCGUAGCGCAUUUUUCUCGUAAAAAUGCCAUCUUUUGAAAGAAUGAAAGAUGAUUCAGUCGAAGAGACGAAACGACAACGAUUUUACGAUAAAUUGGAAAAACGAGAAAAGGACCAGCUGGAAAAUUUGCUUCGAUGCGGUGGCAACGCAGUGGAUCUCAAGAGGCACGAUCACCAAAGCGCACUGCACAUGGUGAUCGAUUCAAAAGUGGCCGAUUAUCCGACAUCUUUUCUCGAAGUACACUUUCAGGACAAAAUUGGCGCUGAAAUGAUCGAGUUGCUCUUGAAGUACGAGGCUGCCGAUGUGAACGCUAAAAAUGUACACGGUGAUUCCGCGCUACAGAUCGCAGUGUCUUGCUUCAAUUACGAUGUGGUCGAGGUGCUACUGAAGCAUAACGCCGAUCUGCGCGACAUUCACUUCAAGGGAAGAUACUUCGAGCGCGCCGGAAAUGUUUUGCCCUUCUUCGAGGCCGUUCAAAAUCUUUUCGGUAUCAUCGAACUUUUUCGAUGUAAGGGAUACGACAUGAACUUGACGGGAGAGCUGGCAGUGUUGAACUUUUUAAAUGGAUAUAAUUUUGUGAUCGAUGCUAAAUUGACCGAAAGUAUACUACAACUAGGCUCUCCACUAGGAAUUCGCAAAUUUUUUGAUUCCAUUAUCACCGAGUUUUUGAACGACUGCUCCAACAGAGGACAAUAUCGGAAGAUAAAUAUCAUACGACAAAUUCGACGAUACCUCGGAAUUGUGCGGAUCGGAAAUAUGUACAUAAAUAUAGAAAUUAAUGAUUAUCUUCUCAAGGUCAUACAAACUCUGCAAAAAGAUCUCCUGGAAAUGCUUUGGGACGAAACUUAUGGUGGCUGCGAUGUCAAAGGAAUUGAGAAAGAAAUCGAGCUUGCCAAAAGCACAAUGAUGAAUAAUCGUGCGUCGCUCCUCGACAUUUGCACAAUAAGCCCUGAAAGAGCCUACAGCCUCUUGAGCAAUUCCGAAUACUGUUCUAUACUAAACUCCAAAAAUUUCAGCAUCAAUUUUCCUCAAUCUGCGGGAAUUAUAAAGGGAUACAUAGCUAAAUGUUUGAUUAGAACGUAUUCCAAAUUAACCGCCCUCAAGUAUUUGCGAAUAUUGACGCGUGAAAAUUUGCCAGAUCUCUGUGGAUACAACAUCAUGAAAUAUUUGACCAAUGAGGAAUUACUGACAAUGUGUAAAGCAGUUCUUGGUUUUGAUUAAUAUUGCUAUAAUAAUGUUAUUCUAAUGUAUUAUAAAUAAUUUAAAGGCGCACGUAAUUUAAUUAAUAAAAUAUUUUUUAAAAAUAA